ACUUACUCUUUCAGCUGUUAAGGUACGGUUCAACCAUGGACUUGUGUGUGUAGUAAGAUAUGGGUUCGAAAAUCAAGCAACAAUACAGACGAUGGUGGUCUAUUGUGGUGAAAGAUGGAGCGUUCGCUAGUAGAUAGUUAGGUCGGUGUGUCGACAGCGCGGUGUCGUAGUGCCACAUGGCGAUUAACAGCGAACGUCUUCCAUCUACCUUCGGAUCGAUCUGUUAACGUGAAAUGAGCUUCGGAAUAGGCCAUUCAUACCACAAUAGUUGACGGUCGACGUCCCGAUGACAGGAACGAACCCAUUUAAUUUUGGAAUCAAACACACGUGGUUCAUGUCACUCUAUUGGUUCUCUCACAAUUUGUGUCGUUUUUUCUCCUGCAGAUAUUACUUGAAUAAUAAUAAUAAAAAAUGGCCGAAGAAGCACGAGGAAUUUGCGUCCGUGACGUUCCCGCCCCAGCUUUCAUUGAAGCUUACGCGGAGCACUUGAAGAACUCUGAUAAGUUCGAAUUGCCAGUCUGGGCCGAUACUGUCAAGACCGGAGUCUUCAAGGAGCUUGCUCCUUACGGAGAAGACUGGUAUUACAUCAGAGCUGCCUCCAUCGCUCGAAAGGUCUACCUUCGACCUGGUGUUGGAGUCGGUAUGCUUCAAAAGUGGUACGGAGGUACUUACCGACGUGGAGCUAGAACAGAACACUUCCGAAAAGCUAACGCGGGUGUCAUCCGUUCGGUUCUUAUUCAGCUCCAAGAGAUGAGAGUCGUAGAGCCUGUCGAGAAGGGCGGACGAAGAAUCACCACUGUCGGACAGCAGGAUUUGGAUCGUAUCGCAGGAACUGUCUACCGGGCCGGUGAAGACAGCGACAGUGACAGCGAUGACGAGUAAACUAGCAGUCGCAAUCUAUAAAAACUCCCCUUAAUA